AUGUGGCCAAAGGGGAAAAGUGGUUUUGGAAAAAGAGGGAAAGGAGGUGCAGCCUCAGGAAGUGACAGUGCUGACCAGAAGUCUCAGGACACCAAACCUAAAGGUGGUGGCAAUGCAGGAGAGAUCAGACAUAUGCUAUAUGGGAUGGAAAAAUGUGGAAUGAAUAAGCCCGUGUUUAUAAACCCACCAGUUAAGACAAAAUUUGAAUAUCAUAUUAUGGUUGAAGGGAGAAAAUAA